CCCAUUACAAAGUCAUAUCAUUUAAACCACUCAACCCAACUUAUAUAUCAUUCCGUUAGUUACUUGUCAUGAUAUUUGACGGAAACCGUUAAGUGCUUACAUGGCAUCCACGUCGCUUCCCAGUGGCAUUCUGACAUGGCAUGAUCAACGUGCAAGUAUAAUAACAAAAAAACCUAAUUAGACUAUUCAUCUAGCAUAAAACUAAUUGAAGGGAAGAAAAAUCUCAAGGGAUUGAGCUUCAAGGGAUCAACGUUGAUGAUCGAGCAUCUCAAUGUCUGAAGACGAUGGACGUGUGCCUGGACAAUUUCACAAGGUAUCAAAGGAGUUUGUGGAUAUAGAGCUUCAUCACCAUGGUACUUUUACUGCUGAUGCAAGAAAUCCUAUAUAUAUCGGGGGGUAUGUUGAUGUUAUUAAGAACUUCAAUACUGAUUUCCUGUCGUACAGAAAUUUAGAUGAAUUUGCUGAAAAAUUUAAUUAUAGUCCUGAAUGUUUGGUCCAUUUUAAGAAUGAUGGUAAAAAUAUGUUUAGUGGAAUGAGAUUACUAUAUGAUGAUGUUACAAUCAGGGAGUGUGUUAAAAUAUGCGAGCCUUAUGGUAAAAUUGAGUUGUUUGUUGACCAUUCUUUUACGAAGGAUUUGGUUGUGAAAGACAAGGGUAAAAAAUUAGUUGUUGAGGAUACGAGAAUUGACAGUGGGGAUGGGGAUCAAUAUAAUGAUAGUGAGGAUGAUGAUUUUGUCUACGAGGAAACUGGGAGUGAAUUUAGUGACAGUACACAUUCUUUUGUGAUUGAAAGUGAUGAUGAGUUGGAGCAGAAUAGAUUAAAGAAGAAACAAGUUCAGGAUACAAUAAAAAUUGCAAUGGCCACACCUUUCCAAGAAUCAGAUUUUGAAUCUGAUGAGCUGAUGUCAAUUGAUUCCUCAAGUGAGGAUGAAAAUAGGGAAUCUGGAUAUAUAGGGCCACCUGUCGUGACUGUGAAGAAGAGAAGAAAAGUUGUAGGUAUUACAAGUAGAAGGAGUAAUAAUCUGGAAUUCAAUGUUGGAAUGGCGUUUGUAAACAUGGAGGAAUUUAGAAAUUCAGUAAAACAAUAUGGUUUGGAUGAAAGAAGGGGUGUCCAUUUUGUGUGCAAUGAGCCUGACAGAGCCCAUGUUAAGUGUGAUUCUGGUUGCCCUUUCAGAAUUUGGGUGAGAAGACAACAACAAAGUGAGAUUGUUGAAAUUAAAACUUUGGUAAAUGAGCAUCUUUGUAGCAAGCCCUUUACAAAUAAGCUAGCUAGUGUGAAGUAUUUAUCUCAUAAACAUGGUGAUAGGAUCCGAAAAAAUCCUCAGUGGAGAGUGAAGGACAUGAUUGAGACUAUUAGGAAUGAGCUAGAAAUUGAGGUGCCCUGGAUUAAGAUUAUGAGAUUGAGGAAAGCUGCCCUCGAUGGUGUAGCUGAUCAGUUGAAAGAGCAUUAUUCGAGAGUGAGAGACUUUGGUUAUGAGAUUAUAAAAAACAAUUCACAGAACACUGUGAAGAUCUCUGGUACAAGGCUGAAUGAUGGUGAUGAAAAUAGAUUUAGAAGGAUAUAUUUAUAAACUUUACAAUUAGGUAUAGUAUUUAAUACAUGUUCGUGUUUUUAAUAUUUACCAGGUACAUGCCACUGUUAGAUAUGCUCCAGGAAAUACAUUUUAAGCUGAUGAAUAGGAUAAGAGAGAAAAGAAAAGAGAUGAUGGACAACAAUUCGCAAAUAUGUCCUAAAAUCAAGAAAAUAUUGGAUGAGAGGAUUAAUCAGUCCAGAAAGUGGAGGGCUGCUUGAGAUGGUGAAAGUAGGUAUCAAGUGAAAUACAACACUAGAUUUGUGACUGUUGACUUAGAUAGGAGGUCUUGUGAUUGCAGAGUUUUCGACUUAACAGGGAUACCAUGUUCUCACGCAUUGGCAGCAAUUUAUAAUAGAAGGCAUCAACCCAAUUACUAUGUGUCAAAUUUCUACAAAAGAGAUAAAUACCUUGCCAGCUAUUCAUAUCCUCUGCAGGCACUUAAAGGUGUGGAUUACUGGGAGUUUUACGGUGAGGAUGUGAUGCUUCCUCCAGAGAUCCCUAAGAAACUAAGGGGCAGACCCAAGAGAUUAAGGAGGAAAGAAGAAUGGGAAGGGGGGACACAAGGAAAGAAGGGCAAUACAGAAGAGAAGGUGCAGAGAUGGAGUAGUAAGAGGGUUCAACAUUGUAGCAACUGCAAAAAGGCUGGUCAUAGAAAAUCAAAAUGCCCAGAUUUACAAACUGGUGAGAAUGAUUUAUCUGGUGGAUAUGAGAGUGUUACAGAGUUGAAUGGAGAAAAUGCUACCCACAAGAGUGCAGGUCAUACUUCAGCUCCAAAAAGAAAGACUCUGGGGCUUAAAAAGCCAAAAUUACAAGUUAGAAGGUCCAGUAUUACCCAGGAUUCACAAACUAACAGUGCAAGUGCAGUUAACAUGGGACAGCAUGUACAUGCCGCAAGUCUUCUUGGCUCACUGGGAGGCUCAGCAGUGUACAACAACAGUGAUAUGCACUUCUAGUUUACUUUUAUGAUGUGUGACUUUUGUUUGUUGAGACAAACUAGUAGUUAUUAUCUUUGCUAAUGCAACUUAUUUUGGUAUUCA